CCGAGGACGCACGGCGCCGCGAGCUCCAGCGGGAGGAGGCCGCACGGCGGGACCAGGCGCGGCGGGAGGCCGAGGACGCGGAGCGGCGGCGCAGGGCGAGCGCCGCCGAGGCGGCGAGGAGAAGGGAGGCGCCGCCCCAGCGCCGCCCGCCGAGAAGAGGCGGCAUAACCUCCAGGCAUCCAAGGCGAAUGUCAGCAGGGCGCGACGCUGGCUCUCCACCGCCUACGAGGGCGGCCCGCUCAAGCUCUGAGGCUGCCUGCUGGGAUAAGUACCCGCCUCCGCUGCCUCAAGCCCUCGUCGUCGUCGUCUGCCGAUGUCUCGUCCGCCUCGUUUGUUGGCCUCCUUUGUCCUCCCAGGAGUACAGUGCACGAUGCUAGGAAUGGUAGGCAAGCGCUGUCCUCGCAGGGCCAGGCUGCGAAGUUAGCCAGGGGCCUGCUGCGAGAGCUAACUCAGCUUGGCGAGGUCCGCAAA